AUGUUCCUCGCGAUUCCUGCCCUAGGCGCGAUGGCGGAUUCUAGCGGCUCUCGCGAUAACGAUGUGCCCGUCCAUCGGAGUGAGUUCUACGCUAUGAUAGCGUCGCUAUCUAAAACCGCAGUCGAAGCGUCCAGUGAUCGCAGUAUUGUGUCGCUCACCGAGGCGCCUGUAACGAGGGCCCGUUACGGUGGAACAGAUGCCGUCGACUGCGUCGGUGGAGCCGCUGGCUUCCCAAACCUCGGUGGUUUGAGCUAUGGUAUCAGCCUCGCAGACCACCUGGUUCAUGAGUGA